AUGGGUCACACACAUGCUGCCAGGAAGGGGCUGUCUCAGUCGGCUCUGCCCUGUUUCAGCAGAGUUCUCACCUCGUUGAAGUUGACGUCUGAUGACAUGAAGGAGCAGAUCUACAAACUAACCAAGAAGGGCCUGACUCCCUCACAAAUCAGUGUGAUCCUGAGAGAUUCAUGUGCUGUCGCACAAGUAUGUUUUGCGCCAGGCAAUGACAUCUUGAGAAUCCUUAAGUCCAAAGGAUUUGCUCCUGAUCUUCCUGAGGAUCUCUACCACUUAAUUAAGAAAGCUGUUGCUAUUCAUAAGCAACUUGAGAGGGACAGAAAGGAUAAGGAUGCUAAAUUGCAUCUGAUUCUGAUCGAGAGCUACAUUCACCAAUUGGCUCAAUAUCAUAAAACCAAAUGA